AUGGCGACGAUUAAAAGAAAACCAGUGUUAUCGAGUAAGAAAAAGUCAAAUUCUAAAGUGAGUGGGAAUUCUAUCGAGUGUGAAGAUGUUCUUUUGUAUCGAGAUGGACUAGAUGCAUUAGAAAAGAAUCGUUAUGUGGACAAAUUGACCGUAAUUCACGGGCAAGACCCCUAUGACAUUGUUCUGUGGUCAACGGAUGAAAAUGUUCUACCAGCUGUCACAUACAUUGACAUUAUUAACUAUUUGAUUUUCAACUCCAGUCCUUAUACAAGGGAAGAAUUGAGAUGUUACAAGGGACUUGAUGCCUACAACCAGUUCGUGUCAGGGUUUGUCAGUGAUGUCGGCAGCUGUAUCAUCAAUGACAAAAGUGUUGUGACAGCCAAGUUUCUACACUCCCAGCGACUGAAUGAAAAAUCACUCCGGCCCUGGAUAAUCGCAGAGAGAGAUGGUCCUAUAAUAGCGGGACAUUGUACAUGUAUGGCUGGACUCGGUGAAACCUGCACCCAUGUUGCUUCACUGUUGUUCUGCAUUGAAGCAGUUGUUAAGCUACGCGAGAGUCGUACUGUGACAGAGGUGCCUGCUUAG